AUGUAUGCUGCACUCUGCUCUGUAUUGGAUAUGUUUUGUUGUAUAUUUUUGGAAAAGCCAAUCGAAAGUGAAAGGAGUUUAGAGUCGUCGGCUGGUUUGAGGGGGGAUAUAGAGUCGUCAUCACCCUGCGAGGCAGCAAUAUCACCAAGUAGUAGUUCACGUUCGGACCUGCAUGCGAUUUGCAAUGGUCGCAAUAAGCUCUCAUCAAGUCCUACAUCGGCAACCACUGAGUUGAUUAUGCAACGGUAUCGUGCCAAAUCAACGCAUUUGAAUUCGCCGAGUGCCAGUAAACGACACCAAAGUGUUGGUGAUACUAGCAGCCCAGCAGCAGCAGCAGCAGGUCAUAAUAUGCUACCGGGUACAUCGUCGGCCUCAUCUGAAGGUGCUACGACCAGUAAUGGUCAAUGUGAUGCAAGUACGGGUGUGAGCACCACGCCGAAAUCGGCUCGAAAAUGGAAAAAGUCGAAAGCGGCGAAACAAGCCUCGAGCUUAUCGUCGUCGGGUAAAUCCGAUAGAAGCAAUCUUCAGUCUACAUCCGCGCUCGGUCAGAGAAUUGUCGAUUGUCCGACGAGUGGUGAAGGAGAUCAAGUGCCACUGUUGAUCCGAAUGUGUGUUCAAGUUGUCGAAUCGUAUGGUAUGGAUACGGUAGGUAUCUACCGAAUACCCGGUAAUACGGCAGCUGUUAACGCACUAAAAGAGACACUCAAUAAUGGUUUUGAAAACGUCGAUUUCACGGAUCCACGUUGGAGAGACGUGAAUGUGGUGAGUAGUCUACUGAAGAUGUUUCUACGGAAGUUGCCUGAACCGCUUCUUACCGACAAACAUUAUCCCUUCUUCAUUGACGCCAAUCGAAUCGCUUCGCAUCCUCAAAGGUUGCAUAAACUCAGGAAUUUGGUACGUAAACUGCCGUCAGCGCAUUACGCUACACUCAAAUAUCUUAUCGCGCAUCUUCGUGCCGUUGUUGCGCACAGUUAUAUUAAUAAGAUGGAAACAAGGAAUUUGGCAUUGAUGUUCGGACCAUCGAUAGUACGUCCAAGCGAUGAUAAUAUGGCCACGAUGGUGACGCAUAUGUCAGAUCAGUGCAAAAUUAUCGAAACUUUCAUUACUUAUUACGAUUGGAUGUUCAACGAUGCGGGUACGGCUGAUGAUGAAGUACCGGAACCGGUACCAUCAGCAUGUGAUGCAGCUGCAGCAGCAUCACAGGGAGGUGGUAUUGGGGGUUCGGGUGCAGAGGGUGGUGAUCCUCUAGCACCUGGUGCCAUCAUGACCACAUCGUUCAAUGAUAUGCACAAUCUUUUGAGACGAGUCAAUGAAGCCGAAGCAAUCGCGAUGAUGGAUGCGCAGCGAGGUGGAAAGAUCAAGCAUAUGUUGAAUGUGCGUCGCAACUCGAAGAAGGAUAAGUCGAAGAAACGAGAAAGAGAGCAUUCGGCACACACCACAACCACACAUCACCAGCACAUCACCAAUAUCGCACCCACCACGAGUGGUUCCGUUACUGCGCCAUCGUCCGCCUCUGUCGAACAGUCUUUCAGUGGUUUAUUCCAGGAACGAGAUAUAGAUGCAGAGAUAGCGAAUCGCCGUCAACGAACCACCACGAAUGCAUCGAUCACAACCACUUCAUCCAUCGAGCAUUCACCUUCCGUCGACUCUUCACUCGGUUCGAUGGGUGUCGAUUCAACCAACAAAGAGUCCGAUAAUCACAAUCUUUCAUCCAAUAAUACGCAGUCCUCAUUGCUAUCAUCUUCUGAUGUUGACGCAAUGAGGAGGAAAAGGCAACAGGAUAUAUGCUCAGCUCGACGUAUCUUCAUCGCUGGAACAGAUGCAGAUCCGGGUGAGAACGGUGGAUUGGCUCAAGUGGAUUUGGAUGAUUUAGUGAGUCAUACACGUCAUCUGAAUCUGGAGACAUCACCAGCCGUUGAGGUGCUGAGUGCAGAGACACGUGAGAAGAUCAGACGUUUACAGCAGUUACAAGGCUGGCUUCCUGCUUCGGCGGACAAGAAGAGCACCGAUUCGGCCUCAGCACGACGUGAAGUGAAUAUUAAUGAAGAGGACAAAACGCCCACUAAGACCAAAACAACCGAAGAGUUCUCGUCGACUGAUGCGUUAUCGCUGACAUCCGAUUACAGCACCACCUCAUCAGCUGCACUCAUGAUACCGGUUGCCGUAUCGUGUGUCGAUCAUUUAGCAGCAACCAGCAGUGACUACGCUUCAUCCGACGUAUCACCGUGCACACGUAACGCAAGUGUUUCACCCAGAAAUCCCGACGAACACGAUUCUAUUCAGGUAUUACAGUUGAGUUCAUCUCCACGAAUAAUUGGUGCUACUCUAAAUAUUCAUCCAGCAAAUGCAAAAAAUAUUGAUUACGAAUUGGAAUCUGAACCAAAAUGUGAUCAUUUGUUGACAACGGGUCAAUACACUGCAAACUUACCGCCAAGAGAGAGGAGACUCUCUGAGAAUUUUAAUAACAACAAUAAUAAUAAGCGUCUCCCUGAAACACACGUAAUGUUUAGACUUCAAGAGGAAGAUACGUCAAGUACGUCGAGUAGUACGGCAUCGAAAGGUUUAUCGAAAGUUAGGGUUCGUUCGAAGAUCGCAGCACGGAAAGAUCUUUGGCGAAGGCACACACUUAGUGACGUUGAUAUGAUACGGCAGGCAUUAGCCGAAGAUGAAAAUCGAAAGAUGAGUGCAUCGAAUCGUGUGGUUGGAGAGAAGGUGGUCUCAUCGUCCUCCUCCUCAUCAAAAGUGGGUAAACUUGCGAGGUGGAUCAAGAAUAAUUUUCGACGAUCGUCGCCUGAUCUCAACGUGAAUGAUCAACGAAUCAUGAACGCCACUAGAAGUUCAGUUGAGUCGUCCCUCAACGAUACAACGCCUCCAUCAGGUGCUACUCCAGCCACUAUCUCAAACAGUCAUGUUCCAACACCUCCAAGCGAGGUAAUUCCCUCAUCCGGUGACGAACAACUCUAG